AUGUCCUCAACUGACUUGCCACCAUCCGUGCUUGGGACCAAGGAGCAUUGGGACGAUGUGUACUCGUCCGAACUGGCGAAUUUCGAGGAAAUAGGCGAUGAAGGCGAGAUAUGGUUUGGUGAAGAUAGCGUGGAGAAUAUGGUCGACUGGGCACUGGAGAACCUCCCGCCUAGUCAGGGCGACUCCCCGUUCAUCCUCGAAAUCGGCUCGGGGAACGGGAACCUCCUCUUCGCGCUAUACGACGCGGGUUAUGCGCCGGACAGGAUGUGCGGCAUCGAUUACAGCGCGGACGCUGUGCGGCUCGCCCGGGCGAUUGGGAAGUCCCGACCGUCAGAGGAUGACCGCGGCGAGUUGAAGCCGGACGCGAUCGCGUUCAGUACUUGUGACUUUCUUGCGGAAGACGUCCCUGCAUUGCAGAGCUUGGUGCCCAGCCGCAGUUAUUUGUGGGACCUCGUGCUGGACAAGGGCACCUUUGACGCGGUCGCGUUGGCGGGGAGGAGUGAAGGUGGAGCGGCGCCUGCUGACAGCUAUCCGUGCAGAGUCACAAGGGUCGUGAAGCCUGGAGGCUACUUUCUCAUCACAUCUUGUAAUUUCACCGAAGAGGAACUGAGAACAAAAUUCGCCAACGCGGAGACUGGGCUUACUUAUCACUCUCGAAUAGCUUUCCCCACACUUUCUUUCGGUGGGAAGAGUGGAAAUGUGUAUUCGAGUGUUGCGUUCCGCAAAGCGGCAUGA